AUGCGACCAGGUCCAAGACUCGAUCUGCGGGACUUUCUGCGCAGAAAGUUUACACCACCAUUCCUGGUAAGCAUCAGAACACAGCUGACAGCUUUAGUAUGCCUGGUUGCAAUACUGUCACUCAUAAUCCUGGCAGUUAUCACGGGCGUAUAUUUCACUUCAACUUACAAGUCUCUAAGGGCCGAGAGGCUCCAACUCGCAUCUCAGCUAAAAUCUUCUCAAAUAGAUCAAAAUUUGAACUAUCUGUACUAUCAAUGUUAUUGGAUGUCUACGAGGGAUAUUCUCCAGAACGCUCUGACACAAUACCUCGCCGGAAAUACCAGUACUGAAAACUGGGUAGAAGCGUCGGAGACAUUGGAUAAGUUUCUGGGGUCUUCGGAUCUCUUUAGUGUCGCCCGAGUUUACGAUUCAAGCUUCCAAAGUGUUCUGAAUGCCACAAACAACGGGUCCGGUAACCUACUUCCGGAUAAUGUUUUAAGUCAACUACUACCAUUAUCGUCAAAUCAAUCGCUUCCGUCAUCUUUGCAAGAAAUAGGUAUUUUGACUGAUCCAGUUUUAAAUGGCACCAGCGAGUAUGUGAUGUCCAUGUCACUGCCUAUUUUUGCCAAUCCCUCAAUCAUCUUAUCCACUUCCAAAGUCUACGGCUACCUUACGGUCAUUAUGUCUGCUGACGGGUUGAAGUCAGUGUACGACGACACCGCGGCGUUAGAGAACUCAGACGUCGUAGUGGUUUCAACUGUCUACGAGCGCGGGAUGCUUGCUGGUUAUCACUUGGUCUUUCCAGCCUCUGGAUUGUAUCCCGAUGUGGUCAAUCAAGUGUUUUCAUUGGAGGACAACACAUUUCUGAAAGGCGCGUUGUUGGAGGGCAAGAGUGGCUCCAUCAAAAAGACGAAGUUUUUGUUCCCUAAAACAGUAGCGAUUGGAUACUCUCCUUGUUCCUUCGAGCUGGUAUCUUGGGCAGCUGUAAUUUCCCAACCAGAAAGUGUUUUCCUUUCUCCCGCCACCAAACUCACUAAAAUUAUUGUGGGAACAGUUAUCGGGAUAGCUGUUGUGAUGUGCAUAAUAACAUUUCCUCUCUCGCAUUGGGCUGUGCAGCCUAUAGUACGCUUACAGAAAGCCACAGAAAUAAUUACGGCGGGCAGAGGUUUGAGAUCUGACGGAAGUACUUUAAACAGCCACAAGAGAGGCAGCACGGUAGGGUCUUCUACGUCAGUUUUCCGGUCAGGGUCUACGAGGGGGUCCGGAUCAGUGGCAUUCAAUGAUCUUAAUGCCUUUACGUUUGAUGAGGGGCAUGCUAAAGAAGGCAGCGACGGACGAGAAAAAUCGGCAGACCCUGCCAUCAAUGCUAAUCUGCAAAAAGUUCACUCCAGUAACAUAAACUCUUUAAUAAGUGACCCCAAAGGCACGAAAUCUGACCGAUUUAUAACGUCUUCUAACCUGAUUGAGGCCAGAGUACCGGUCUACAAUAGAGUAUUUUCUGAUGAGCUGUCUGAACUAACUGAAACCUUCAAUGCCAUGACUGACGAACUUGACCUCCAUUACACUCUUCUUGAAGAUAGAGUAAGAGCAAGGACAAGGCAGUUAGAGGCUGCCAAAAUCGAGGCAGAAGGUGCUAAUGAGGCUAAAACUGUGUUCAUUGCUAAUAUCUCCCACGAACUUAGAACACCGCUGAAUGGUAUUUUGGGGAUGACUGCCAUUGCAAUGGCUGAAGAGGAAAUGCCUAAAGUCAAGAGUAGCUUGAAACUUAUUUUCAGGUCUGGUGAAUUAUUGCUGCACAUUAUGACCGAGCUUCUAACAUUUUCUAAGAAUGUGCUGCAGCGAACCAAGCUGGAGGAGAGAGAUUUUACAGUUUACGAUCUGGCCUUGCAAGUGGACUCCAUUUUUGGUAAACUGGCCAAAGACCAACACGUCAAUUUAACGAUAUCAAUCUUACCGAAUUUAAUGAGAACGAUGGUGCUAUGGGGCGAUUCAAAUCGUAUCGUUCAAAUCGUCAUGAAUCUCGUGUCCAACGCACUCAAGUUCACACCUAUUGAUGGUAAAGUUGACGUCAAAUUCACGCUAAGGGGCGAAUAUGAUGAGGAGAGAAGUAAGGCCGAAGACUACAAGGAACUGUUCACAAUUCCGCCAGUUCCAAGCACUCUCACGCAGAGCGUCAUUGCCAAUUAUACGACUGAGAAGGGAGUUGAAGAUUGUGACCAAACUGAUAGCUUCACUACCUCGCCUUCUAGUGCAAGAACUUCCAGCAAGGACGAUGGGGACGAGAAGUUAAAACUAGGAGGUGGUGAAACGGAAGACACGGAGGACGCUCACGAACUCAAGUCUAUUGAAACCGUGAGUAGUCGCUCGUAUAAUGAGGCACGUUUCCAUUCACAUUUAGAAAAGAGCUCGAAAUUAGGAGAGGAAGGUGAGCUUAAGGAUGCUCAAGACUUAGAAAGUCCCAAAAAAUGGGUCAUUGCAAUGGAGGUUACGGAUACGGGCCCAGGUAUUGACCCAUCAUUACAAGAAAGCGUUUUUGAGCCCUUUGUACAAGGUGAUCAAACGCUGUCGAGACAAUAUGGUGGAACUGGGCUUGGCCUGUCUAUCUGCAGACAGUUGGCCACUAUGAUGAAUGGGACGAUGACUGUUGAGUCUAAGGUAGGGAUCGGUAGUAAGUUUAGCUUCGUGGUUCCGUUGACGCAGACCAAGGUGCUUUCAUUUGAUGACGACGCGAACCCAUUUGAAGACGAGUUCAAUCCACACAGUAAGAAGAACAGAAAGGUCAAGUUCGACGUAGCCAAAUCAACUAAGUCGGUGAACACAGACUCGGCACAAUCUACGACUGAGAGUUCCAUCGGAACACCGAUCUUGUCCGAGAGUGAGGUGAGCGUGGGGAGCGUUCGGGUCGACCGACCUUUUCUACAGAGCACAGGGACUGCACUUUCUACUAAAGGUGGCCAAGUCGGUGCGACAACUAACGACUGCAAAAUUUUAGUCGCUGAAGAUAAUAAUGUCAAUCAGGAGGUUAUAAAGCGAAUGUUGAAUCUAGAGGGGCUCACAGAUAUUGAUUUGGCAAGGGAUGGCCAAGAUGCCUUUGAUAAGGUCAAAAUUGCGGCAGAAGCAGGCGGGCACUACGAUUUGAUUUUUAUGGAUGUUCAAAUGCCUCGCGUAGAUGGAUUGACCGCUACGCAAAUGAUUCGUGGUGAAUUGAAGUACUCACAUCCUAUAGUGGCAUUGACAGCAUACGCGGAUGACAAGAACAUAAAAGAGUGUCUAGACGCAGGCAUGAAUGGGUUUUUAUCAAAGCCGAUUAGAAGACCCAAGAUCAGGGCUAUUUUAACAGAAUACUGUCAGCAGUUUAAUGGGAUCCCAGAAGACAAAUGA